AUCCCUUCGAACUAUCCUGCCUAUGCUAUCUUCGGCGUGCUUGACGGCUCUUUGAAGCUCCUGUAGUGAUGUGGCGACAAGGUGGUGUUUUGUGUUUCCAGGCCUAGGUAUCGAGACUGUUGCUGCACGGAGGCUGCGCUAAGCUGGUAUAUUAGAAAUUGGAUUUUGGGCUGCUGUGACAGCUCACCUGUGUGAGAGCAAGGCCUCUCUGGGGUAUAUCACAGCACACUGCUGCUUACUGCAAGAGCUCCUAUCAUAUUUGUUCUGCUAAUCACAAUGGAAAUACCGUUAAGUUGUGCUUUUUUUGUUUGGCUGUAUCAAAUGCUGUGUUGGCUGCAUGUUAUUAAAGUAAUUCAGUUUGCAAAACUCAAUGGCAAUUUAGUUUAUAAAAAAGUUGACAGCACAACAUUAACUGCUACAGAACUAAGCAGCAGCAAUGCUGAUCUUUGCUCUAAUGCAUCAGCUUUUACCUCUGCCCUCCUCCACCUGUCCGGCACAACCUAAGCCAUCUGUUGCAGAAGCAAACCUGGCCUGGGAGGCAAGUAGACAGUAGGCGGUAAGACACCUGGUUUCCCUUGCUCUCUGCUGCUGUUGUCCCCUGUGAGCUCUCUGAUAAAUCAGUUACCUACUUCUUGCCUCAAUUUUAAUUUUCUCCUCACCUAUGCAAAAAUGCCACAGCAAAGGGAGUAAUAAAGAGGAAAACUCCUGUGCCUUUAGUCUGUGCCAUAUGGGGCCUAGAUUACUUCGUUCUUAUGGUUGUCCAAACACCUUGGAGAUGAUAUUCCUGCCUGCUGCCUGUGGUUCUUCUGCCUUCAGACAGAGCCAGGGUAUUUGCAUGAAGAAGUCCAGGCAGGAGCUCUUCACCCCAGCAGGGACAGUGAAGGACCUUGAGGGACACUGCAGUUUUGCGUAUGCUAAAAGAAAUCCUUGUUCAGUCUUAGAAGAAAGUGGCUGUCUUUUCUAUUUUGUGUUUUAUACACCAAAAUGAUACAGAAAACCAUGCAGGUAGAUUUGGUUCUCCCAAAUGCACUUGCAGUGGGAGAAGUGGCUGCUUAGGUGGUAUGGGUGUAAAGUGAGAUAAGCAAUGCUCGUGAUGUGGUAUGGGGAUAUUCCUAUCCUAGAGUGCCUUUCCCAGUGCCCAUUUGCCUGUCAGCUGGCUGCAGGUAGGAGACCAGCGUCAACAAGUCCCAGUAAAACUUUCCCCUAGGUUCUCCCUAUUUUACCUUUAGGGGAGCAUCUGUAACUGUUGUGGAGAAGAACCAGGCAAAGCAGAGGGAAUUCCUGGCUUACCCCUGCCAGGCUCAUACUCUUCUUGUCCAGGGUUUAUCUUUAAUUCGCUGCCCCUGGCAUGGGAUGGAGGAUUUUUCCAGGAGGGCAGAGGGCUGUAGAAUUGUCCAUCUUGUGCCCUCCCCAGCACCCCCUGCUCCCACCGGCCUGCUGGAGGCUCACACACGGAACAACGCUGCCUGAGACCGAGGGCAAAUGUCUGAAAGUGGCUGCCAUAGCUUACAGGAGCUGUUUCCAGGUGGAGCCUGGGAUGGGGAGUGUAUCUCUGCCAGCCUGGCAGAGAGCAGAGAGGAAGGACUUGCAGCCUGUGGGCUGGGUCUCCAACGAGGGCACAACGCCAAGAACGUCUUUUUAGUUUCGUUUCUCGCAGACUAGUUAACGCAGUGUUUCCGCAGCCAUGGCAAAAGCAAAGGAAGAAUUUGGAGGGGGUGCCAGCCUGGAGGACGAACUCAGCUGUCCCAUCUGCCUGUGUCUGUACAGGAACCCAGUGUCGCUGAGCUGUGGUCACAGCUUCUGCAAGCAGUGCAUCCAGAAGGCACUCGGUGCCCAGCAGCAAUCCAAGACCCCUUACUCCUGCCCCAUGUGCAAGCUCCAGCUGGGGCCCAUCCUGGAGCUGCAGAAGAAUUUCCAGCUGUGCAGCAUCGUAGAGGCAUUUCUGGCCAGCACUUCCAAAGGACAACAGGCCGAGGGCUCUGCAGAGGGGAAGGAGGAGGAGGAGGAGGUGGUUCCCUGUGACUUUUGCCUGGACCGCUUUCAGCCAGCAACGAUAACGUGCCUGAACUGCGAUGCGUCUUUGUGCCAGGCCCAUCUGAACAAACACAACGCCAAGGCCUCCCAGCAGCACCACAUGUUCAUAGAGGUGGGCGCGGGCGAUGCGGCGGAGGGGAGGAGGUGCCCGGAGCACGGCAGGCUGCUGGAGUGCUACUGCCAGGACGAGGGGCAACACAUCUGCACGCUCUGCUCCAUUGUGGGCUGCCACAAGGGCCACAGCAUCAUCACCCUGAAGGAGGCACAAGAGAAACAGCUGGGUGAACUCUCAGACAUUGUGACGUGGCUGCAGGAACGUAAAAGUGCUUUAGAUACUGCCCUAGAAGAGCUUCAGAGAAGCAAGAAUCAGCUCAAGACCAAUACGAAAACAGUGACUUCUCAGCUGCAAAAGCUGUUUGAAGAGAUGAAGAGAGAGAUGAUGCUGAAAGAGAAGAUGAUCCUGAGUGACAUUCAGUUCAAUGAGAAAAAACAACUGGCAGACAUUACCAAAGUGAAGAAGGAAAUGGAACAGAGGAGAGAUGAGGCUGCGCAGCAUCUUCAGUCUUUGCAGAAAAUGAGAGAGCAACCAGAUAUUUUCCUCUUCUUCAAAGAAUUUAAACUGGCCACGGACAGGGUUGCGAGUCAGAAUUUCAGCACCAGCAGGAUGGAUGUGGCGGUAGUGCAGCUGGAUCAGGCCAGGAUCGACCACUACCGACACCUGACGAGGGACUUCAUGAGUCGCCUGGACUCGCUGCUGCAAGGCGUGCAGAGUGAACUCAACAACCAAAUUAAGCAGAACAGUGGGGCUUCAGAUACUGGUGCCUCUUCAAACUGUAAGUGUUCAAAAAUACUAGUUAUUCCUCAGGACUCUGGCCUGGGGCUGUGAAUCUGGCAGAGAAAAUCUCGCACCUAAAAAUGUGAGCAGCAUUUUGUUGCAUGCAUCUCCUCUCCUUGCCAGAGGUGAGACCAGCAGCAGUGCAGCCUCAGGGCACAGUUCUCAAAAUCUGCAGUGGGCAGAAAUCUCUGGGAACUCAUCAGAGAAAUCAUUUAUCUUCAGUGUGAGGGAGAGACUGGGUUUGCUUCAGUACUCAGUAAAGGUCUGAGCCUGCUCCUAGGAAAGACCAUGGAGGGGUUCUCACCAGCUGAGCAGAAGCUGGAGCAAACCCAGUGCCUGAAAUGAUUCCCAGACAAAUCCAAAUGCUGCAGGAGAUAUUAAAUCUGUAAACAGUGUUUCUCUUCAGAUAGCACUAGUCCAAUGCUCAAAUAGAUUUCUGCUGAGUACAGUGGUGCAUUUUUUCUACAAGCUUUUCUGAAGAAAACUUUUUUAGAAGUUGUUUGAAAGAUUUUUUGUAUUUUUUAAUUGCUGCAACUGAAGUUCAGUUUGCAAACAAGUUUUUCUUAAUUCAUCAACUCAAAAUAAAAUCCUAUUUUCUUCACUUUUUAAUUUUUGGAGGGGAAAAACAUUCUCUUCAGACAAGCAUUUCUUAGGGACAGGUUAAUAGUCAAUUUUACUUCGGAAGAGAUGUGUUUGAGAACAGCUGUUCAAUUGGGGCAUUGAGCCUUGUAUGUAGCCUUGCCCUAAAAGCAAACAUAUUUGUUUUACCAGACACAUUUGAAAAAACAGAAAAAAAUCUUGUUUUCUUUUUUCAAUAAUUCAUGUAGCUGAUAAUGGAUGGAAAGCACAAGAGGCAUGCAGUGCAGGCAAGCGAUUAAAUGGAGUUUUAAUUACACAGCUCAGCUUAACAAUACAGU